AUGCAGAGCAUUACAUUUGCCGCUUUCCUACUGGCAGUCGCCAUGCCCCUGAUCGUGAAGGUAUUUCUCCGGCCCGGUCAUAGCAAGUCCCUAUUCUCCUCACUGCCAUCCUCGGUCAGACGCUGCAUCCGCUUUGUCCAGCUCCUUGCUGGCGGCGAGCAGCAGCAGCAGCAACAGCACCGCGGCGGCAAAUUCCCGUCAUCCCCGUUUCUCGGCUGCAGCGGUGGCGACGGGGAGGCGCCGCAACGGGUGCAGCAGCGAGGCCGCCCUGUUCGCGCCGUUAGCUACAGCAACGAUGAGUACGCGAGGACACUAAACGCUGACAAUGACCUAUCUCCGCCAACCAGCCUGGAUGACCUCCUGCUCCGGAACAUCAGGGGUGGCAGCAGACCUCCCAGCCGCAGCGGCAGCCGGCCCUCGAGUCGCAGCAACAGCAGACCCCCGAGCCGCAGUAACAGUAGGCCUCCUAGCCGCAGCGGCAGCAGACCUCCCAGCCUUGGCGGCAUGUCGCCGCUCCCCUCGAAGCCGACCCGUCGCAAUUUUCUCCGCAAGUCGAGCUACGACUCGACCCACUCGUGCGCUGCCGGUGUUAACUCUGCCUCCUCGGCGUCCGCAGUGACCGGUAGCACAAGCGCAGUAUUUGAUAGCUUCGCCAUCGGCCUUGGCGGUGCUUGCGACUUUGCCCCGCCCUCGGGCAGCGACUACUCCCCGCGUGGACGUGGCCGGACCCAAUCGUGGAAUGUCGUCGCGGACGCCUUGAGCAGUAGCAACAGCAGCAGCACCUCUCCAGCUAACUUGACCAUCCUCGAGGUGAGGGGUGGCAUCGUCUGUCAGCGGGAGGUUGACGACGAGACCGGCACCGAGGGCGAUAUGGGCGUCGGUUCGGGUGCGGGCGCGGGCCAGGCGGCGGACCUCGUGGACCUGGCGGCAGCGUGGGCGUCCUCGCGCGGCGUCGACACCAAUGUCGGGCUCGAGCACUUUGAAGCGAGGUCGAUGCUGGGCCGCGCCAUCCGCAAGUUCAAGGCCAAGUCGCGGCGGCUGAAGCAGAUGGGCGCGCGCGAGCACGUGGUGCGCGAGGCUCGCGAGAACUGGGCCCGGCGCUCGCUCGAAUUCGAGGCCGAUGAGUGGGCCGCUGCCGCUGCCGCCGCCUCGGUCGUCACCAGCCCGAGGAGCUCCAUAUCGUCCGACACCGCCCCGCCCACGACCGUCUACCACGCCAGUGUCCCUGACGCUGCCGACCCGACCGUCCUCGAGGCCGUGGUCGAGCUGCCCCACCUCGAGAAGACGCCCGUGCUGCGCCCGGCCGAGUCCAUGGACAGCCUGGCGCGCGACGUCGCCGCCCUGUCCGCCGAGAGCGAGCUCCCUCACUCGGUCAAAUCAGCAGCGGCUGCGGUCAGGCCCGUCUCCCGCGGCAAGGCGGGCAGCAAGAGCACGGUCGGGAGGCGCCUGAGCACCUCGAUCCGCGCUUUCAGGAGGCGGAGCAGCAGCAAGCCCGAGAACCGCAAGCGGGCCGGGUCGGGCUCCAGUGAUUCGACCACGAUCGGCAGGCGACGGACCAUGAUGUCUUGGGGCAGGGCCAAGUAA